UGGCUCGUUCUAACGUCAAAUGUGGAUGAACCAGCUCUCUACCUCCACCCUUCAUCUGAGGACUCCUCUAUUUGGCGCUUGAGUGCGACGACACCGCAAGUCCUGGGACAGCUGUCAAGCCUUCUCUCCUCUCAACUAAAACUAGCAAAAACAGAAAGCCUUGGAAAUGACGAAAAAAAAUGCUACAACGAGCAGAAAUACGAAGAAGCAUCAAUGCUACCCGGCCAACCGGUGCAUGUGGCCUGGGAACCCGGGGCACCAAUGGAGCUGGCCCGAGUCGACCAAAAGGACGCCUCACUCGUGCUUCUCGUGGCUCUCACCCUCGAUAGCGACGGCUCGGAACGCAAAAAGUGGCUUUGGUGUGAAUCUGUCCAGUUGCUGUCGGUUCGACGUCGACUAGCGAAACGCCGAGUGGAAACCCUGCUUCAGACGAGUCUUCCGCCGUCGGUCGAUAAUUCGUCCGCAAUUUUCGACUACGUCUUUCCUCCGAUGACGUCCUCAACUGCACCGACGACGACGGAUGAAAUGAUCGACGACUCUGACGAGUCACUUCUGUCUGUCGGAGGUGUGUUAGUCGAGGCUUUGCGACCAAGAAGAGCUAGAUUUUGGUUGCCUUGUUGCGGAAUGUGGACGAAAAAGCAGCGCGGGACGGAGAUCAAUUACCGUGAAGCCUGUCGCGCGUUUGCUGUCAUGCGGAGGCGCCACCAGCCUGGGCUGCUGGACUAUCCCGGAAUGCUGGGUAUCACGAUUUUCAUGAAAAAAAUUGUCCUGAAUGAUCUAAAUAGCUACCGGAGAGAAGUGAGCAGCAAGAGCGGUUCCGUUGUUUACAUAAGCCCGUGUCACUGCCGUCGACGCCUGCGAAAUCUGGCCCAAGUCCAGCGUCACCUGAUGGGAAGUCCGUUGCCGUUGUCGGUGGAUAUGUUUUGCUUCAGUGUUCACGUGGUCUCGGGUGUGGAAUUCCUCGCCUACGAGUACGUCAUGACUUCUGUGCCAGCUGCUGGUUUGCCUGAUAUUCGUCUGCAACUGCAACAGCAUCGUCACCAGCAACGGGGGUGCUCCAGGUUGACGUGGAUGCACUUGGAUGACUCGGAUGAUGAUGGUGACGAUGAUGAGACGAUGAAUGACGAAAAUACGAAUUUGCGUCAUGCUGGUCCCUGGGUGGUGACGAAGCUGCGAGAAACUGACGUCAGUCGUGGCCAGGAGGUGCUGCCAAUUCAUUGCCUUGACCAGACGUCUACACCAGGGAUGAUGGACACAGAAUACAUCGUUGUUCCCGUCGUCACUAAUUAUGUCCCGUUGCCAUUUGAUAAACGAACGUGUUGCUCCUGCGUCGAUGGAUGCGAGGGAGUCAGGACGUGCGAAUGUCGCCGGCUUACUGUCCAGCUGGCCCGAAGCGAUGCAUCCGCGGGGUACAUGUUCCGCAGGUUGCUUUACCCACGACAGUCGUCGGCGAUAGUCGAGUGUUGCUCCAAGUGUGCAUGUAAUACAAAGCCGAACCUGUGCCUGAACCAGGUGGUGCGAAACAAUCCGAUCAUGGUUAAAAUGGAACUAUUUCGCAAAUGUGGCGAUCAAGUGGGCGUUCGAGUUCUGCAGGACACACCAAAAGGCACCUUCUUGUGCAAUGCAGCUGGCGACCUUGAGAUGAUUCCAUUGAAUGAGAUAACGACGAACAGCGCAAGCGUUAAUGUUCUCGCGCAGACCGUUGUCACGGAAAUUUCGGACAUGUCAAUUCGUGGAAGGAUCCCCAUCAAAGCAUUUUUCACGUCUGAAUACAUUAAUGCCGGCGAAGAAAUUUUUCGCGCUACUGAAUGAGAUUAAAAUAUUAAUACUCAGUAUGUCGAUCGAAAAAUACGGGAGACUCAUUUUCAAUCAUCCAAUUCCAUUUCAUUCUCGAUUCGUUCAGCGAAAUAUAAAUACACAAG